AUUUUCCCUUCACCGAAGUAAAAGCUCGAGAGCAAACCAUGUCGUCUUCAGUCACUGACUCGUUCGAUCAACUCGGUGGCGACUCACUCGCCGGUACGACUCGUCCCUUCGACGACGGGUACUUAGGCUACGAUCCUCGCCUUCCAUCGCAACGAUUCGAUUCAUUCUCCAACUUUGCCGACUCAGAGUCUGUCAAAGACUCGGUUGUGGACGACUCGCCGAUCUUCACUUCCCAAUCUAUUCCUGACACUCCUUCUCCGCCUCCUGUCUACGUCUCCGGUGGUGGGUUUGGCUCCGAUCCUCCAGAAUUCUACCCGGAAUCAAACGAAAUGCCGUUUGAGAGUGACUAUGUGGCGUCGAAUGGACCCAUUUUGCCGCCUCCAGCGGAGUUGGCACCAGAAGAGGGUUUUGCACUCAGAGAGUGGAGAAGAGAAAAUGCAAUUCGGCUUGAGGAGAAAGAGAAGAAAGAGAAAGACUUGUUAAGCCAAAUUAUUGACGAAGCAGAUGAGUACAAAGUUGAAUUCUACAGGAAAAUGCAGGUCUCCUGCGAAACCAACAAGACCACUGCUAGGGAAAAGGAAAAGUUAUUUCUGGCCAGCCAGGAGAAGUUCCAUGCUGAGGCUGACAAGAACUACUGGAAAGCAAUUGCUGAGCUCGUUCCUAAUGAAGUCCCGGCUAUUGAAAAGAAAAGAGGGAAAAAGGACCAGGGGAAGCAGCCUUCUGUUAUUGUGAUCCAUGGGCCAAAACCUGGGAAACCAACUGACCUGUCGAGGAUGAGGCACAUACUCUUAAAGCUAAAACACAACGCACCUCCCCAUCUGAAGCCUUCCCCACCAUCAGCACCUGCCCCUACCAAAGACGUCAAAACCGAUGCUGCUACUCCUCCCAAGGCUGCAGCUGUAGCAACCACCCCCAAGACUGUAGCUGUUGCUUAACUAUUGUCUUCUUCAUCAGCUUUUGUCUUAUGAGAUAUUUGGUUUUGGGGGUGAUGGACAAGGUUUUUUUUCUAUAUGUAUAAAACAUGAUCACCAGACUGGUUCUCCCCUGAUAUAUAUAAUGGUAUUCUGGUUCGAGUUCUUUGCCUUGAUGGGAGUUCAUGUUAGAAAAAGCUUUUUGUGGGGAUUGCUUUAAAUUGGUGUGGGGAUGACCUAAGCAUCCUUAGCCAGUGAUUCAUAUCAGAUGUGGACCGGGUCUCUGGAGUAGAGUUUUGAAUUAUGGGUGUUUGGAGGCUGUGGUUAGCGGUGGGUGGGGCGGAUUUAGACGGUGGGGAGUUUUCGGGGGCUGGGUGCUCAGGACGGGGUGUUUUGGCAGUGGGCCAAAGGGUGGUUGGGAGUGAU